GAGGUUCUUCUCGGUAUCAGUGGCAAGGACUUUGUCAUAAUUGCGGCGUCCAAGGCCGCGAUGCGCGGGCCGACCAUCUUGAAGGCAUCCGACGACAAGACGAGCCGGCUAAAUGAGCACACGUUGAUGGCAUACUCUGGGGAGGCCGGCGACACAGUCCAGUUUGCGGAAUACAUCCAGGCCAACGCCCAGCUCUACUCGAUGCGCAAUGAGACAGAUUUGUCACCCUCAGCUCUAGCACACUUUGUGCGCGGCGAGCUAGCAUCUAGCCUCCGGUCCCGGAAGCCUUACAACGUCAACCUCCUCCUUGGGGGUGUUGACCCCAUCACAGACAAGCCCAGCCUGUACUGGCUGGACUACCUCGCGUCGCUGGCUGCCGUUCCAUAUGCGGCGCAUGGUUAUGCUCAGUACUACUGCCUUUCCCUCCUGGACAAACACCAUCACCCCGACAUCCCCUUCGAGCGAGGCUUGGAGCUUCUCACCCUUUGCGCCGACGAAUUGAAGAGGAGGUUACCGAUAGAUUUCAAGGGGCUAGUAGUGAAGGUGGUGACUAAGGAGGGGAUCAAGAACGUCCCAUUUGAUGAUAACAGGGUAGUCAAGACCCCUUGA